AUGAUUCCUUCUUUACGAUGUUUAUUCCUAUACUUUUACUUCAUCUUCAAUGCUAUUAAUCCUCUACAAACAGUUCCAAAUGGGUAUUUACUCGGAGCAUCGUAUGAUCCUGCAUCACCAUCGAACUCAUUAUUCAAAAUUGAUCCAUUAAGCGGAAAAUUUACACUUCUCACACCUUUAACGAAUUACAAAGCAUACGAUGUUACUUAUGAUUUUAUUCAUAAAAUUUUCUAUGUUUUUGGUAGUGAAGCAACGUUAGAAAACGAAGCAGCAUUGUCAGUGGCCAUAGUUAAUCCAUUCAAUGGCACAAAAAAAUAUCGAACAAUUACGACAGAAAGUGAUGGCGAACUAUUUGGUUUACGUGUUGAUAGUAGUACAGGAAAAUUAUACUCCGUACAAAUGAAUGACGCAUUUGAAAGUCCGAUAAGUAUCGUUCAGAUAGAUCCAAGUAAUUUUAUAGCGAAACGAUGGGUAAAUAUAACCAAAGCCAGUGGUGUACAACCUGAUUCCAUGGCAAUCUUUUUUAAUUCAACGGAUCAUCAAUAUUUUGUAACAGUGCCCUAUGAUUCUGAUUAUCUUGUUGGUAUUGAUGUCACUAAACGAAAAAUAAUCAGUGAAAUAACCAAUUCAAAUUUACCAGAUUAUUUAUGUUAUGAUAAUAAAACGGAUGCUUUUUAUGGUAUGCAGAGUUUCCAGACAGGACGUGGCUGUCGUUUAGUACGUUUAAAUCCAUAUAAUGGUACGAUGAAGAUUUUAUCGAAAGAUUUUAAAGAUUAUCUACCAUCGACUGGUGCUUGUCAUGAAGGAUAUUAUUUUACAAUGAUUGUCGAGGGUCUAGACAAACAAAAUAUUGUCACAUUUGAUUUAAGCAAUAAUGCCAAAAUAAUUGCAAAUAAACCAGCACAAGAUUAUUUAGAUUCAUUUGCAUUUGUUCCACUUUAG